AUGUUUGUCUACGACCCCGAGAGACCUCGGGAAGACGGCGGAACCGCGCAAUCACCCGCGUCAACCGCAAUACCGCAUACAGAAGCAGUAACAUUGCCGAUGCUCUCUUCCGAAUCGCAUCCACGCCCGACAGCAGCGCCAUCAUCGAGCACAGUCGACAAUUCGCUCGUUUCUUCAACUUCUACGAAUCCAAAUGCCCAUUUCAACGACAACAUCCUGAUGCUCGCUCUACAGGAGAGAAUCUGCAACCAGCAACAGGCGGCGCUCACUCAAUCAGCAACUACGCCUUCGUUGACACAACUCGCAGCUUCUUCUCCCGUUGGAAAUACCGACACCACUCGUCUGAUUCAGCAGAUGUUCCUGAGUCAGAUGCUUAUACCACAGUUACCUGCAGCUCUUGAUCUCGCAUCCACUAUCAAUUCGGUCUCGUCGAUAUCGAUGCCGUUGACGACCAACGUGUCGACAUCCUAUAGUAACUCACAACAUGCGUUGUGGCAUCACAACAUGUGUAGCUGGCCGAACUGCGGACAUCCGUGCGAUUCAAUAUCCGCCCUUCUUGUGCAUUUACAACAGGAUCAUCCGUUCAAUGAAAAAAGCAAUGAUGAUCUGAAGGCUCAAAUUGAAAAAGUUGAUAAUUUGGAUCAUCGGUUAACGAUUGAACGGAACAGACUUCAAGCAAUGAUGCAUCAUCUACGCUUGAAACCGUCUCCUGAUACGACAACGCCGAAUGUCGUCAAACUGGAAACGAGCUCGCCGUUGUGUUCGCCGAAUAUUGAUACGCUCGGAGUUCAGCAACAAGUUGCCACCCAGAAUUCGCCAGUCUUGCAGACACAGACGAGUGUGCCCGCAUCAAUGGAUAGUGCGUCCUCACUUCUUGGAAUGGCUGUUGCUUCUGCGGCGGCAUCGUCAUCAGCAAGCACUCCUCCACAGUUGCCGUCAUCAAGCAACGUGAUUUCAACCUCAUUCGGCUCCCACAGCGUGCAAGGUCCAAGCAGUACAGCUGGUUUAAGCAUGAAAAGAUCAGGAUCUUCGGAAACUUCGCCGAAUCCCGAUUCGAAACCAUCAGCCCCGCGGCGAAGUCGAAUAUCGGACAAGACGGUUCAGCCUAUUGCCACCGACAUUGCAAAGAAUCGCGAUUAUUACCGUAACAACGAUGUUCGGCCACCGUACACCUACGCUUCACUGAUACGACAGGCAAUCAUGGAGUCACCGGAGUGUCAGCUGACACUCAACGAGAUCUACAAUUGGUUCACGGACACGUUUGCGUAUUUUCGCCGAAACGCAGCCACGUGGAAGAACGCGGUUCGACACAAUCUCUCACUCCAUAAAUGCUUCCAACGUGUCGAACAGAAUGUGAAGGGUGCUGUUUGGACUGUGGAUGAUUCAGAAUUCUACAGAAGACGUCCGAAUCGCUCUUCAGCGACGAGAAGCCAACCACAGACGCCGUUACCUGACGAUGCUUCGCAGUAUAUGCUUGACCCGAACGCAUUGAGUCAAUUAUUGGAACUGCAGAACUUUGAUCCGUCGUCGAUUAGUGGUGAUCAAUUGGCGUUGAACGGCGGCCUUGAUAGUGUCCUCUCCUUGUUAGCUAAUUCGGAGGGUCAAAAUCCAUUAUCCCUGCUGUCUGCAGCUGCAGCAGCCAGUGAACAACAUCAGCAACAUCAGCAACAACAAAACUUUGCAAGUUUAAAAGAUGAUUCGUCAGUUAAAGAAGAGAUGAUGGAAAUAACUACAAAUGCUCUAAACGGCGUUUCGAAAGGUGAGCAUUAA